CGUACAUCUAGUUGCGGCUGGAGAAGACAAAGUGAGCUGUCGUGUCUGUGCUGUAGUGUUUUGUUUCUAGUCUCCAACUCGGUGACUCGGGAAGAUGUCGGUGGUCGGUGGCACCUUGUGUCGCAAUGUUUUGGCUGUAAGAAAUUCUGGCAUGAUGGUGCUGGUACGCAAUGCUCAGACGGCUGCUGCCCCGGCACCUGAACCCAGGAUCAAGAAGUUCCAGAUCUACCGCUGGGACCCGGACACGGCCGGAGACAAACCGCGGAUGCAGACAUAUGAAAUUGAUCUCAACAGUUGUGGUCCAAUGACUCUGGAUGCCCUCAUCAAGAUCAAGAAUGAGAUUGACCCAACACUCACAUUCAGACGCUCCUGCCGUGAAGGUAUCUGUGGCUCAUGUGCCAUGAACAUAAAUGGAGGCAACACACUUGCAUGCCUUAACAAAAUUGACACCAACACAAGCAAACCAACAAAAAUCUACCCGCUCCCACACAUGUAUGUGGUCAAAGAUCUGGUGCCUGAUAUGAGCAACUUUUAUGCGCAGUACAAAUCCAUCGAGCCCUACUUGAAAAAGAAGGAUGGAACUCAAGAAGGGAAGGAGCAGUACUUCCAGUCGGUGGAAGACCGGCAAAAACUGGACGGGCUGUAUGAGUGCAUCCUGUGUGCUUGCUGCAGCACCAGCUGUCCCAGCUACUGGUGGAACGGAGACAAAUACUUGGGACCUGCCGUCCUCAUGCAGGCCUACCGGUGGAUGAUUGACUCCCGUGAUGAGUUCACAGAGGAACGUCUGUCUAAACUUCAAGACCCCUUCUCUCUCUACCGCUGCCACACUAUCAUGAACUGCACCAAGACGUGUCCCAAGGGACUCAACCCGGGGAAAGCCAUCGCAGAGAUCAAGAAAAUGAUGGCAACUUACAAGGAGAAGCAGGCAGCAGCUUCAUAAACAUGUGAACAUCCAGCUGAUAAAACCUUGAACAGAAUAAUAAAGGAGAAGAUAAGGCAAACCAUGAAACUUUUGCCGACAUUAGCACCUUUCAUAGUUUUUAUUUAGUUUCUGUGGUGCGGGUGUGUUGAUGUGUGCCGAGCAGGAUUUGAUGAGGUGGACCUGAUGAGAUAAGGCUUCUCAAAAGAAUGUUUAAAUUAAAAUAUUAUGAGUGAUGUAACCGGUUGGGCCCAAUUUAUGCUAUUUGCAAAACAGAAAUAAUAGUCUCUGUUUUAUUCACUCUGGAAAAAAGCUCAUGAAGCUUGAAGACUGUAAAUAUUGAAAUAUGUGUUAAUUAAAGAUGUGCUGGGCUCAUUGUGGAAACGGAAUGUUUGAUUUAGAAAAGAACAAAUUACACUUUUGAGACUUGCAUCGCAAUAAACAAUAUUGAAGCUUC